UGAAAACGUUCUUCACUUCAGUUGAAUCAAAUGUCGUCAGACGACUGUAAUUCGCUUUUAAAUUUGCAGUGGAAGUGCGAGUUGUAAAUAAUGCAUAAGCACAGCUAGGAAAAUGGCACUUCGCCUUAAAAAUCUUUUCCAAGGACGUUUUCUUCGCCUUAACAAGCACUCAGCACUGAGACUUGUAACUGAGCGUUAGUUAUUUUAAAGAGUCCUUUCCUCACUUCAAAACCAAAGAGGAUCUUUCCAUUUUAGUAGCAACGGUGACGAUCUAAUUUUUUUGUAUGCAUUUAUGCAUAUUGACGUAGUGCAUUGAAAUCGGACAUUUUCCACUCUGUACGGUUUAUUUCUCGACCAAUCUGAAUGUAUACAUACAUUAUGUUCUUCAUUGAAAGUACACAAUUACUGGGUGUUGAGCGCCUUUUGCAAAUUAAUAGUAACUAACAAUACCUCUUCGGUAGAAUCGAAAAAUCGAUGAAUUGGUCCUUUGUUGAAAUUAUCGGAAAGCGAAAUGAAAAAGCAGAAAGCAACCGCAGAUAUUAAGGAUAAUAUGAUAACGUUAAAUGUAUUAUACAUGUAUUUAUGGUCACUGCAUACGACAUCGGGCUGCAUGGGUACAAAGUAACUCGAGAUAAUUAAGUAAUGUAAUGAUAACGGUUUCCUUUAAAACCCCGCCGAUUCUUGCCAGUGCCAUACACAACUCUCUCCGAGUUCGGCAUCGUCGUCUCACGGCUUACAGACUACCAACCAGGAUGGAUGUAUAUACUCGACGAAGUCGUUGUCUUGGUAAACCAAGAUACUUCAUGGGACCGAAUCUCAAGUUGCUACCACGCCACUUCGUUCAGGCUGGUCUGGACUUGUCAGUCGGUCAUUACCGGCAGCAUUACGCCAGUACCGUCCGCUUCGAAGUUUCUGCGCAGUGCUCGGCAACGAUUGACAAGAAAAUCGAUCCGAACGGUAGUUCCAACAAACAGAACUGAGCCAUGUGUCUUCUUGUGAAAUUACAUGUUAAGACUUUCUAAAUGUCAUGCAGCCUCAUUCAGCGGUUAGAGUGAGUGCAUCUGCCGAGAGAACUAAAGGAAAGAAGAGUCCAUUGACUUGCAAGUGCAUCUUAAUUCGGCGGAGAUGGAACUGGUCCGCGUCACUGGACAAGUUGUAUUCCCCACCUAAAUAAAAAGAAACGGGCAAUGGACACUUUUUUCCCGUGAAAUUCACAGAACAAGUCUACCGUUGUCCACCAAGCACAGGUCGAGGAGCUGAGUCCAGGAGACUGAGAUAAUGGCCCGCGAUAUCAUUUACUGGCCUUUUGACAAGUUUGAUUUUCAUGAAAACAUAUUCGGACAUGCAUGUCAUUGGAAAAGAAUAGAUGAUAGAAGUCUGCAACCUGGGCCGUUUGGUCCUGAGGACAGCGCAAUUGAACGCUACGGCCGCACACAAACAUCGACCGUCCACUAUCCAGUCAGUUUAUUAAUAAGACGAUUUACUGCAAUCUUGUGGAUGUUCGUGAGCAGAGCGGCAUCAUCACCAAGUUCAUUUUCUGUGUGCAUCAUCCAGAUCCGCGCAUUUGGCACCUUCCUAAUGAUACUAGCGGCUACGUUGCGGGGUAUAGGUAGUCACGCAAACGCAACCCUUGAUCUUUACGAAGGGCGGAAAAAAGAUCUAAGUCAUCGUCUUGAAUUAAAUACGUGGUUUAGAGUCGUAUUCAGUUACGAAGCAAGUCAGGGGGUGUUUACGAUUCAAAUUGAUGACCGACCGAAGGAGGCCUUAAGUGUCAAGCUUCCAGAGAGGUCUCGUUGGUACUUUUUCUUUGGAAUACAGGGAUUUCUGUGCAAAUAUCACCUGUCAAAGUUUCUUUUUAUAAACGAUAGCCUUUCCGAAGCUGAAGUGCAAGAAUUUAAGUCGUGGGUAGAUGGGAGAAUUUUCAAAAAGGAAACAAUGAGGUUGCCAGUUGGACAAAUGCUGGAUCCAGUCGUGGUGAAAAGCGCACUAGAAUGCUCGAAUUUGUGUUUCGUUUUCCAAAUCUGCCGCUCCUUUAGCGUGGCAAAGAACGUCACUGGCCACUUUUGCACAAUAAUAAAACUUAAUCGAAGACAAGCAAUGCGUAUCUCAGUUAAAGGUUCUACCAAAGAUCAACUGAAAGAAAUUGAAGUUUAUUUCACGAAGAUUUUCUCAUCUCCGCCAUGGAUAUCAUAAGGUCCUUGAAGUAUGUAUGCAUUGGAAUGAGAAAUUAUCGUUAAGUGUGUCUGCAGCUUUGGAGUGUGUCUGUUGAUUUGUGUGAAUGCCUGUUUCACUAGUGGGAGGCUUUUGCCGACUUCUUAACGGUUUCUCUAACAUUUUCCUGAAGUCGGAAAAAGCCUGCUUCUAGUACAUGUAUAAGGAUAGGGACUAUCCGUUUGUCUACACGUUGGUCGUUGGCUGAUAUGAAAGACUAGUGCUGGACGUUGGUAUGAAAGACUAGUGCUGGACGUUGGUGGAUAUGAAAGAGAAGUGCUUGAUCUUCAGUUUCGAGAUGAGAGAGUACGGCUGGAGAGCGUUGGUCAAAGCAAUGAGAGGCCGGACUGGCCCGCAGCCCGUUGGCUGAGCAAAUUUGUUUUACCUGUGACGAGCUCUGGUUCAGUUAGGUCCGCCACAGAGAAGCAAUUUUCUUGGCAGUGACGUACACGUACCCGCAUUUUUUGUUGCAUAUUCUGCAAAGAGUGAACUGAAUUUUUGAGGGGAUGUUGAUUCAUCUUGAGUCUUCUAACUAAAGGUACAACCCCGGUAGAGAGGAGAAAUAUGAUCUCUAAAACCAAUCAUAAACGUACACGCAUAUGUACAUGUACAUGGCAACUCCAUCACACUGCAUGGAUAGUACAAACACUGCACUUCA